ACUUUUUUUUUUUUCGUUUCCUUUUACUCUUUCUUUUACUUUUACUUCUACUUUAUAUCAUAAUGCUAAUUACAUCACCUCAUACUACUAUCGAACUUACAUCAUCGUUUUGUGGUAAAAAUAGUACUUCUUCUUCUGAUAAUAGCGGGCAUUUUAAGAAAGCCCUUUAUAGAAAUAGUAAGGUACACAGAAUCAUAUUAAGUGAUAAUAUAAGGGAAUCCAACUUAAAAUUAAAUACCUGGUAUAUCGUAAACUUAAAACUCGUUACUGAAAUGGGUUUACCUGUUCAUAUAUUACCUUCUUCUACUAUCUAUAAUCGUCGUCUUCCCCAACAAAGUCCCCUUUCUUUAUGUUUAGGACCAUUUCAAUUAAAAGAUGGAAAAGAUGUCGAACCAUUAUCAAAGACUGUCAUUUUAUGGGAUCAUCUACCAAAAAAUGUUGUCAAUACUUAUAGACUACUUCCACUAGUUAAACAAAAUCAAUACAUGAUGCUUCAAGAGGUAUGGGAUCAUGGAACACCAGGCAAACUUUGGGAUUCAGCUUUAGUCAUGAAUUAUGUGUUAAAUAGAUUGUUUCAAGUGGAUAAAAAUUAUCUUUCUGGAUCAACAAUACUUGAUCUAAGUGCAGGAGUUGGAUGUAUCGGUUUAUCUAUUGCAAAGAAUUGCAAUUUAUAUCAGACUAUAAAUCCACCAAAGAUCGUUUUAACAGAUGUAGAAGAAGCAUUACAAUUAAUAAGAACAAAUCAACACUUAAAUCAAAUUUCAACUUCUCAUGUGUCAAUUGAACGAUUAAAAUGGGGAUCAACAUCAGAUAUUGAAGAUAUCGUUGUUAAACAAAAAUAUUUCAAUUAUAUUCUUGUAUCAGAUGUACUUUAUGAUACUAAAGAUUUUCCUAUUUUAAUCGAUACCUUCUAUCAACUACUUGAGAAAAAUAGAAAUGCGAUUAUUUUAAUGGGAUAUAAACCUCGAGGAUUAAGUCAACAUGAAGAGAAUUUAUUCUUUGAUACGUGUGAAAAAUUAUUAGAAAUAGAGAGAUUAGAUGUAGAAUCUUUUAGUCAUGAAUUUAUUCAGAAAAGGAAUAAGUCUUCUAUAAUAACAGUAAUAGGAAAUGAUGAUAGAUUAUUAUUAGAACAUACAGGUGUUCGUCUAUAUAGAAUUACUUGGGGGAAAAAAAAGAAAAAGAUGAUGUAUUACUUUUAAUAUUUCUUGAAGCUAUUUCACUGUUGUAGUAUUUACUAUUAUUAUUGUCUGUAAUAUGUAAU